AUGUCUGGCUUGAGAAGUUUUGAUGCGUUCCCUAAGACGGAGGACCGACAUGUCAAAAAAUCCUCUAAAGGUGGGCUCUCGAGUAUUUUUACCUACCUUUUCCUGGCGUUCAUCGCCUGGAGCGAGUUUGGUAGCUUUUUCGGUGGAUACGUUGAUCAGCAAUAUGGAGUUGCCAGUAAUGUUCGGGAGACCGCACAGAUCAACAUGGACCUAUUUGUGCACACUCAGUGCAAGUGGUUGAAUGUUUUCGCCACCGAUAUCACUGGAGAUCGAAAAAUGGUGCAGAAGGAACUUUCGUUUGAGGACAUGCCUUUCUACAUCCCAUAUGGCACCAGCGUGAACAACAGGAACGAAAUUCAGACUCCCGGUUUGGACGAGAUUCUUUCAGAAGCCAUUCCGGCGAAAUUCCGUGAAAAGCUGGACUUUUCUGCCCUUAGUGAGAACCAGGACUUCGAUGGAUGUCACAUUUUCGGCUCGAUUCCUGUGAACAUGGUACGAGGUGAUCUUGUCAUUACCGUUCGUGGCUUUAGUCUCUCUGAUUUUCAAAGAACCCCGCCAGAGGCCAUCAACUUUUCCCAUGUGUUCAACGAGCUUUCGUUCGGCGAUUUCUAUCCCUACAUUGACAACCCGCUCGACAGAGCGGGCCGCCUUACCAACGAUCCUGGUAUGAGCUACCGCUACCACACGUCCGUAGUCCCCACCACCUACAGAAAACUGGGUGCGGAAGUAUACACCAACCAAUACUCGUUGGGCGAGACAGAGUCUACAGUUCCGAUCCAUCAAGUUAGAAGAGGAUCCGUGGCCGGUAUUACUCUUUCUUAUGAUUUCGAAGCACUAUCUAUAACCGUAAGCGAUGAACGUAUAUCGUUUUGGCAGUUUAUUGUGCGAUUAGUCGCAAUCUUGUCAUUCAUCGUCUACAUCGUUUCCUGGACUUUUAGAUUCACCGACAAGCUACUGGUGGUCAGUUUGGGUCCUAGAUGGUCGCUUCGCUAUCAAAACGACAAUCGUCAAAAUUCUGGAAUUUUAGAAUAA